CUUUUUUUUCAUAGAAAACUAAGUCCACCGCUCUGAUUUCCCCAACCCCAUCUCUCCCUUCCCCCAUUUUUCAGCUCACCAAUAAUGAAACCCACCACUUGCAAUACCAAUGGCCACGUUCCCGUCGCCGAUGGCCUUUGCCUGAAGUCGAACGAUCCAUUGUACUGGGGCGCCGCCGCGGAGGGUCUCAAAGGGAGCCACCUCGACGAGGUGAAGAAAAUGGUGGGUGAGUACCGGCGAGGGGUGGUCCGACUCGGCGGAGAGAGCUUGACGAUUGGGCAGGUGGCGGCGGUGGCGUUGCACGACGGCGGAGUGAAGGUGGAGCUGAAUGAGUCGGCGAGAGAGGGAGUGAAGGCAAGCAGUGACUGGGUGAUGGAGAGUAUGGUGAAAGGGACGGAUAGUUAUGGAGUCACUACUGGAUUUGGUGCAACCUCUCAUCGGAGAACCAAUCAAGGAGCUGCUCUGCAGAAGGAGCUUAUUCGAUUCUUGAACGCUGGAAUAUUUGGGAAUGGAAUAGAGUCCAACCACACAUUGCCUCACACUGCCACAAGAGCUGCCAUGUUGGUCAGAAUCAACACUCUUCUCCAAGGCUAUUCUGGCAUUAGAUUUGAGAUUUUGGAGUCAAUUACAAAGCUCCUAAAUCACAACGUCACACCUUGCCUUCCCUUGCGAGGCACAAUUACGGCUUCUGGUGAUUUAGUUCCCUUCUCCUACAUUGCUGGCUUUUUGACAGGUCGUCCCAAUGCCAAGGCUGUCGGUCCAACCGGUGAUCUCCUUGAUGCUGGAGCUGCUUUUAAACUUGCUGGCAUCGAUGGUGGAUUCUUCGAGUUGCAGCCUAAAGAGGGUCUCGCACUUGUCAACGGGACGGGCGUUGGAUCUGGUUUGGCGUCCAUAGUUUUGUUCGAGGCUAAUGUAUUAGCUCUCUUAUCUGAGGUCAUUUCAGCUAUCUUUGCUGAAAUAAUGCAGGGAAAGCCUGAGUUUACUGAUCAUUUGACUCAUAAAUUGAAGCAUCAUCCGGGUCAAAUCGAAGCAGCAGCUAUAAUGGAGCACCUUUUAGAUGGAAGUGCUUUCAUAAAAGAUGCUAAGAAGUUACAUGAAUUGGACCCUCUUCAAAAGCCAAAACAAGAUCGUUAUGCUCUUCGGACUUCACCUCAAUGGUUAGGCCCUCAAAUUGAAGUUAUUCGACAUUCGACGAAAUCAAUUGAGAGAGAAAUUAACUCGGUGAAUGACAAUCCAUUAAUUGACGUUUCAAGGAAUAAAGCUCUACAUGGAGGAAAUUUUCAAGGAACUCCAAUUGGGGUGUCCAUGGAUAACACUAGAUUGGCUCUUGCCUCAAUUGGAAAGCUUUUAUUUGCUCAAUUCUCUGAACUUGUGAAUGAUUUCUACAACAAUGGUCUGCCUUCAAAUCUUUCAGGAGGAAGUAAUCCAAGUUUGGAUUAUGGAUUCAAAGGCGCUGAAAUCGCCAUGGCUUCCUAUUGCUCGGAACUGCAAUACUUAGCAAACCCGGUCACCAAUCACGUUCAAAGUGCAGAGCAACACAACCAAGACGUCAAUUCAUUGGGUCUAAUCUCCUCAAGAAAAACAGCUGAGGCAAUAGAUAUCUUGAAGCUAAUGAGCACAACAUUCCUAGUGGCUCUCUGCCAAGCCAUAGAUUUGAGACACAUCGAGGAAAAUCUGAAGAGCACCGUGAAGAACACAGUGAGUCAAGUGGCCAAGAAGGUUUUGACCGUUGGAGUAAAUGGAGAGCUUCAUCCUUCAAGAUUUUGUGAGAAAGAUUUGCUGAAAGUCAUUGAUAGAGAACAUGUGUUUGCUUACGUUGACGAUCCAUGCAGCAUGACAUAUCCUUUAAUGCAGAAGCUAAGGCAAGUUCUUGUAGAACAUGCAUUGAACAACAAUGACGAUCUAAAGAACUCAAACUCCUCAAUCUUUCUAAAGAUUGGAGCUUUUGAGGAAGAACUGAAAACCCUUUUGCCCAAAGAAGUAGAAAGUGGAAGACAAGCCAUUGCAAAAGGAAUACCAAUAAUCCCCAAUAAGAUAAAGGACUGCAGAUCAUACCCACUUUACAGAUUUGUUAGAGAAGAAUUGGGAACUGCUAUUUUGACAGGUGAAAAAGUGAAAUCUCCCGGUGAAGAAUUUGACAAGGUUUUUACUGCAAUUUGUGAGGGGAAAAUUAUUGAUCCUUUGCUUGAAUGCCUUGAGAGUUGGAAUGGGACUCCGCUUCCUAUAAAUUAGAAACUGUCAGUGGAAAAACCACUGUCCUGUGGCCUCUGUUCUUGUGCAUUGUUAUUAUUCUCUCUUCUUCUUCCUUUUUUUUUUUUCCCUUUUUGUUUGUAAUCAAUCGACUGUCUUCAACUGUUGCCAAAUCCAACUACUUUUCUUCUAUUUCUACUGUAUGUUUCUGUAAAGAAGUUUUGGCUUUGUAUGCAAAAUCAUUUGUGGUUGGGACCAUGGAUGCUGCAGUUUCCAAAUCUAAA